AUGGCCAGACGAAACAUCAGCUCGGGGUCCGCCUUCGAGACGCAAAUCGGCUACUCCCGUGCCGUAGUCUCGGACGAUUUUGUUUUCGUGUCCGGUACCACAGGUUACAACUACCAAACCAGCGCCAUCUCCGCCGAUGUCGUCGAGCAGACGGAGCAAGCGAUGCAGAACAUCGCCGCUGCCCUCGCCGAGGCUGGUGCCCAGAUCGAGGACGUCGUACGCGUGCGCUACAUCCUCCCGGACCGGAGAGACUUCCAAAAGACCUGGCCCGUCCUCCAAAAGUACUUUGGCGAAGUGAGACCCGCGGCCACCAUGGUUCAGGCCGGGUUGAUGGAGGAUGCGAUGAAGAUUGAGAUCGAGGUGACGGCCAAAAAAGGUGGUGUUGGUCAGUAG